AUGGUCAAGAGAUCUUCUGCAUGGCUCCUUGCGGCCGUCGUGGCCGCACGAACGGCAGCUUUGCCUGUCUCGCCUUCUUCCAAGAGCUCUUCGAGGGUUUUGGCGACCACUCUCGUGGUUCGAGGUCUGCCCGGAGCCGAAGAGGGACUUGAGCUCGCCAAGAUCGUGGGUCAUGAUGGUACUCACAUCGUCAAAUCUUCCAGCGUCGGGUCUUCAAGGGAGCAGCGCCUAUCCCGAACUUCGAGCAGCAGCAACAUGCAAGCGGUCCCACUGCCGUCGACCACGCCAACACUUCAUAAUCAGUACCCUAGCGUACCUGUCGCAAUUGACGAGCAUCAACGCUCGCCACUGACCUCUCCCAGGGCAGCAUCUCGUCUGCACAAGGUGACGGAGGCUAUCGUGCGACACCCCCUUCGAACCUCUUUGUGAGUCAGAAACCAACGCGUCGAGAGACAUGCGCCUCGUUGACCCUUCCGCCGCUCCUCCGAAACUUUCCGCGUCUUCACAGCGGCCUGGCGGCGACCGGCGUAGCCGUUACAGCUGCUUAUGAGGGUAGCCAGGUCUCUCUUAGAACUCGCAAAAGAAAGGCAUAUUAUGAUGCCUACGGGCAUAUCAACGGACGGGCGCUUUCUGGCGAGCUUGCGUCGUCGUCGGCAUUGUUGCCGCGCGACCUGAUCCCUGUCAGUCACACCGCGGGAUCUACAGGCGUCAAAAAGGUGGGCGGCAGAGUCAAGACUGGUCUCAAGUGGGCUCUGUGAGUGAUCUCGAAAGCGAUGGUCCUGGUACCCGUAGACUAAGUGCGCGUCUUGAUCUCCCGCAGAGGCUUGAUUGCCGCAGCUGGUGCAACCGUCUCGGCUGAGCUGGGCUUCCGUCAUUGGUCCAAGUCUCUCGCAGAAAAGCACGCUAUACAGCAGUACAAUAAGGAAGACCCCGCAAAAAAGGUUGACACGUGGUGCGAACGCCACAAGAGGGGAGAUGGCAAUUUCCAGAGCUGUUGGGAGGCUGGUCACGGACCGUCAUCGGGCCAACCUCCCGGGUGGGUGGGCGGCACUUGGUGA